UAUAGAGUCUUAAUGGUAUUUAAACCUUCUCCUUUCUCCUUUCUCUUUUCUCCCUUUCUUGUUAAGUCCCUUAUGGGUGCUUCCACUCCUUCUCUUACUCUCCAUCUGCUUUCAGGGUGAGUGCUUUUCCUGUACUGCUCCCCCCCGCCCCCACCCUGUCUCCGUAUUCUCUCUGCAAGCAAAAAUAGCUCCCUAUUCUCCAUAGCUUCUCUCUCCCCCAGUUUACCUCUCCUUGUUGUGUACCUGCCAAGUUCAAGUUGUGCAGAAUGUCGUGUUACUCCUCAGAUCAAUUUUCUAGGUGUGCAAGAUGGUUUGGUGUUGAUCUAGCUGCAUUUCAGGGACAAGAGAAGCAAAAAACUUCCAUGCUCCUCUGCCAUCUUGGACCCUCCCCUCAGACAGGUCCAGUGUUAGAAUCAUUUAGACCUGAAAACAGUUUUCUGAUUCCCUGGAUUGUUGAAACUUUCUUAUAUCACAUAAUUUGUGUUCUUGCAGAGCUAACUACUUUUUUUGUGCUCAGAGAAGCCAUGGGAACCAAGAACAACGUGACUGAAUUUGUGUUGUUCGGCCUUUUCCAGAGCAGGGAGAUGCAGUAUGUGUGCUUCGUGGUCUUCUCCCUCUUCCAUGUACUCACUAUCCUGGGGAACCUUCUGGUCAUCAUCACCAUCAAUGCAAGCAAGACCCUGAAGGCUCCCAUGUAUUUCUUCCUCAGCCACCUCUCUUUUGCCGACAUGUGCUAUCCAUCUGCUACCACACCCAAGAUGAUCGCAGACACUUUUGUGGAGCGAAAGACCAUCUCCUUCAAUGGCUGCAUGACCCAGCUCUUUUCUGCCCACUUCUUCGGUGGCACUGAGAUAUUCCUCCUCACAGCCAUGGCCUAUGACCGCUAUGUGGCCAUCUGUAGACCCCUGCACUACACAACCAUCAUGGGUCAGUGGAAGUGUGGCUUGCUGGCCGGGGCCUCCUGGGUGGCUGGCUUCCUGCAUUCCAUCCUACAGACACUCCUGACAGUCCAGCUGCCCUUUUGUGGGCCCAAUGAGAUUGACAACUUCUUCUGUGAUGUUCAUCCCUUGCUGAAGCUGGCCUGUGCAGACACCUAUGUGGUGGGGCUCAUUGUGGUGGCCAACAGUGGCAUGAUCUCUUUGGUGUCCUUUAUCAUCCUUAUCAUCUCCUAUGUGGUCAUCUUGUUGAACCUGAGACACCAGUCAUCUGAGGGCCGGCGCAAGGCUCUGUCCACAUGUGGCUCACACAUCAUCACGGUCAUUUUGGUCCUCGUGCCCCCCAUGUUCAUGUACAUUCGUCCCUCCACCACCCUGGCUGCUGACAAACUUGUCAUCCUCUUUAACAUCGUCAUGCCACCUUUGCUGAACCCUCUGAUCUACACGUUGAGGAAUAAUGAGGUGAAAAAUGCCAUGAGGAAACUGUUUAGGGUACAAGGGAGUACAGGGGAGAAGUGACAGUCCAGGGAAUCUCAUUAAGCCUGGAACUUGGGAGACUUCCCAUCUUGUAGCAUCUCCAAUUUAAUGCUUGUAAUGACAACUGUGUAAUAAUAAUAAUCCCACAUAUUCCUUCAACCUUUCAUUCAUUAAGUAUUUAUUGUCUGCAGUCAGUGAGGCAUUGGGGAUAUGAAUAAAAGUAAGAUGUAACCUCUACCCCACAAGAGGAUCACAGUACAGGAGGCUCUUAGUGAUACCGAAGGGCUCAUUCAGGAAACCUGUGAGGUCUAUAAUUGAGGGAACCUCCAGGAAGGCUGAGUAGCUCAUCUACAACCAUGGAGAAUACUACUACAUAAUUCCUUUAUUGUGGCUAACAUAGUGCUCAAUGACAUUUAUUCUCUCAUGACCUCCAAGUCACUUUAUUUGUGGUCCUUCAUUUCAUGCUCUCAGCCGGCAGAUGAAUAAAUAAGUGUAGAGAGGUUAUAGGAUUGACCCCAAGUCACCAAAUAGACCCUGAGCCAGGUGAAGACCAGAAUGUAGGUCCCCUAAGUCCACUUUCAGGGCACUCCUCACCUCAGAACAUCUUGACAAAGACCGUGUGAAAAUUAAUACAGGGGGUCCUCACUGAAAUGGAGUCAGGAGGCCAGCAGGGGGAGCACUCAUGCCCUAUCACCAUGGUCCUCAAAAGCAGAGUCCACAGGAAAAGAGGACGGUAGAAGGCCAUACAGCUUUACUAUCCCUGCAGGAGGAAGAAAGUCCGCUCUGCUCCAGGCAGCAGCCCAACAAAUGAGAGACAGCCACAGCUCAGCCAAUGAAAAGACACUAUGCUGAGAACUCCCAGUUUACUCCAAUGAAUUUUGUGUUUAGAACAGCCACUGCCCCCCACACCCCCCCCCCUUCCUCUAUAAAAGAGUGUUCCUUUCCUUAAUUUCAGGGAUUUAUCUGUGGUUUCCCAUGGUUAUCUAAUUCUGGGUUGCAAUUCUGUGCUAUUCCCCUUUAAACCGGUUUUUGCUGGUAAGAUAAUGGGCAGUUUUAUUUUUAAGGUUAACAACUGAGUGAAUGGACACUGGGCAGGACGGACCAGGAAGUUUUGAAGGACCAAGGAUUGGUGGUGACCAGUGAGGAUGGAGAACAGAGCCGGGGAAGGCUAGUUGUCAGCACUUUUCUCUCUCCAGCAGAGCAGGGACUGUGGCCCCUGAUGAGGGCAACAAAGACAAGAAAAAUGUAGUUUAAAUUAAAUCUCCUUACAGCUUGCAUUGCACUGAUACCAGAGACCUACAGUGAAUAACUGCCUCAAGGAGUUUCUUGCUGCCUUAAUGUCUACAUUUCAUUAAAAAUUAAAGGCAACCUUACCUUGACAAUAGCUAAAUCUUCAGGGUCUUGUAAGACCCUGCUUUCACCAUACAGAAAUUCCUUUGAAACUAUCUCUACCCUCCCUCCCUCCCUCCCCAAACUUAAAAGUCUAUGAGUCACUCCUCAUAACCCCAGUGCAGCUCUUUCUGCCCAGGGGUCCUGUCCCUGUGCUAUAAUAAAAUCACCUUUUUGCACCAAAAUGUCUCAAGAAUUCUUUCUUAGCCGUUUGCUCAUGAACCCCACUUCGUAAUUUCAUCAGCUCCCAUUUAUCCCCUUCUGUCUUCCUUCGUUUUGCUGCGAGAGGGAAAGUUUAUGCAGAAUGGAUUAGGAGGGCUGCACUGGACAUCUUGCUUAAUUAAUGUUGGUUUGCAAACCGCCCUUCGGGCAGGGAGAGGCCAAAGAAAGAGGCCGCUCCAGAUCAGUAGGGGCAGGUUUAAUGAGCAGG